ACGUGAUCUGUCAAAUACUAAUGCAUGAAAAUCCUAACCUCAAAAAAAUCACCCGUUAUUUGGAUCCUCGGUUCCAUCACACCCUAACGGCGAACCAAAAAAUUGAAGCAACACAAUAUUUAAAAACAAUAUGGGAUAGAAUUAAUGAAACUAGCCCUGGCGGCAUUGCGAGUUCAACUCCGAAUUCAAGUGCAAAUCAAACAACCAACCAAUUUUUUGAUGUUGAGGAUGAAUUACUAAACGAAUAUUUAUCGCAAGGUAUUGAAGCUAACGUUGGUACUGCUACCGAUGUACAUACAAAAAUUAAAAAUCUGCAGCUUCCAAUCCUAAGAAGUGACGCAAACGUUCUAACAUUUUGGAAGGAAAAGCAGUUUACUGAUCCAGAGAUGUACGCGUUAAGCAAUGUCUGCUUUGCAAUACUACCCACUCAGGUGAGGAUUGAACGUGCAUUUUCCAUGCUGAAGCUAAUACUAACGGACUCCAGGAAUCGUUUAAGCGGGGAAACCUUGGAAAACAUAUUGCUAGUAAAGCUGAAUCCGAACUUCCUCGAAGCUGCUUUAGACAAUCUGCCACUCUUUCAACACCCGGAUGAGGAACAAGAUUAAUUGUUUAUUGCAAUUUUUAAAUUUUUUUAAAUAUUUAAAUUUAAAUACAUAAACUUAAAAAUUUUGCUUUCUAUUUUCGAAUUCUUGAAAAACAACCUUUUUUCUAAAGUAAAAUGGAAAUACAACAAG